CGUUGACUUAAGUCCAAGAGGCCUCCUGGGACUGUGUCACCUUCCAGCGUGGAGUCACACUGGGGAGGAAGGCGGGGAGGGCAGCCAGGAAGGAUCCGGUGCAGUAAGAGACUAUUCCAGCUCAGCGGGGGACCCAGGAUGUUCCUGAAGGCUGUGGUCCUGAGCCUGGCCCUGGUGGCUGUCACCGGUGCCCAGGCUGAGGUCAAUGCCGACCAGGUGGCCACGGUGAUGUGGGACUACUUCAGCCAGCUGAGCAACAAUGCCAAAAAAGCUGUGGAACAUCUUCAGAAGUCUGAGCUCACCCAGAAACUCAACACCCUCUUCCAGGACAAACUUGGGGAGGUGAACGCCUACACGGAAGACCUGCAGAAGAAGCUGCUGCCCUUUGCCACGGAGCUGCAUGAACGCCUGACCAAGGACUCGGAGAAGCUGAAAGAGCAGAUUCGGAAAGAGCUGGAGGAGCUGCGGGCCCGGCUGCUGCCCCACGCCACGGAGGUGAGCCAGAAGAUCGGGGACAACGUGAGCGAGCUGCAGCAGCGCCUGGGGACCUACGCGGAGGAGCUGCGCACCCAGGUCAACGCCCAGGCCCAGCAACUGCAGCGCCAGCUGACGCCCUACGCGCAGCGCAUGGAGUCCGCGCUGCGGCAGAACGUGGGCCAGCUGCAGGCCUCGCUGGCGCCCUACGCGGACGAGUUCAGGGCCAAGAUCGAGGAGAACGUGGAGGAGGUCAAGGGGCGCCUCAUGCCCUACGCGGAGGAACUCAAGGCCAAGAUCGAGGAGAACGUGGAGCAGCUGCGCAGCAGCUUGGCCCCUUACGCGCAGGAUGCCCAGGAGAAGCUCAACCACCAGCUGGAGGGCCUGGCCUUCCAGAUGAAGAAGCAGGCCGAGGAGCUGAAGGCCAAGAUCUCCGCCAACGCCGAGCAGCUGCGGCAGAAGCUGGCGCCCGUGGCCGAGAACGUGCAGGGGAAUCUGCAGGACAGCGCGGAGGGGCUGCAGAAGUCGCUGGAGCGGCAGGUGGAGGAGUUCCGGCUCAAGGUGGCGCCCUACGGCGAGGUCCUCAACAGGGUUUUGGUGCAGCAGGUGGAAGAGCUCAAGCAGAAGCUGGGCCCCUUAGCAGGGGACGUGGAAGGCCACUUGAGCUUCCUGGAGAAGGAUCUGAGGGACAAGGUCAACUCCUUCUUCAGCACCCUCAAGGAGAAAGAGAAGCAGGACCAGCCCCCCGCCCUCCCCGCACAGGAGCCAGCAGCCCCUUCGGAGGGCUGAGCUGCCCCUGGUGCGCCUACCCCACCGCAGACACCUGCCCAGCCCCGCCCCCUGUCUGUCUGUCUGUCCCAAAGCAGUUCUUGUACGAACACUUGGGUAUGUGUCCCGUGGAAAGUGACACUACUUCCCAUUACUCAAUAAAUCUACUGAGAAACUA